AUGGCUGCAUCAAAAUUUAUGUGGCCAGACCUUAUUCAAAAAGCUAAAGAUGGAGGAGGCCUUGAUGUCAUUCAGACUUAUUUUUUUGGAAUGGUCAUGAACCUUCUCUUGAAAAAUAGGUUUGACUUGGUUAAGUUCGUGAAGCUAGUGCAGCAAGCAGGCCUCUAUGUUCAUCUCUGCAUUGGUCCCUACGUAUGUGCCGAAUGGAACUUGGGGGGAUUUCAUGUCUGGCUCAAGUAUGUUCCUGGAAUUGCUUUCAGAACGGACAACGAACCGUUCAAGAUUGAAAACGAGUAUGGACCAGUGGAAUGGGAAAUUGGUGCUCCUGGAAAAGCAUAUACGAAAUGGGCUGCUCAAAUGGUUGUUGGUCUAGACACUGGUGUUCCAUGGGUUAUGUGCAAGCAAGAAUAUGCUCCUGAUCCUAUUAUUGACACCUGCAAUGGGUUCUACUGUGAAAACUUCAAGCCCAACAAGAACACCAAACCUAAAAUGUGGACGGAGAAUUGGACUGGCUGGUACACUGAUUUUGGUGGUGCAGUCCCUAUUAGACCAGCGGAAGACUUGGCAUUCUCGGUUGCAAGAUUCAUACAAAAUGGUGGUUCAUUCGUUAAUUACUAUAUGGUAAGCUACAAUUACUAG